AUGAGUGAUAUUGCAAUCGUUGGAUACUCGUUCAAGCUCCCGCAAGGUGUUGAGGAUGAUGAUGCGUUCUGGGAUGUUCUCGAGAACCGACGAAACUUGAUGACGGACUGGCCUGAAAGUCGUGUCAAGACAGAUUCAUUUACCAGAGGGCAUUUCAUCAACGAUGAUGUCGCCGCCAUCGACGCCCCCUUCUUCUCACUCACGGCGAAAGAAGCUUCGGCGAGAGAUCCGAUGCAGCGCUGGACGCUGGAAACUACUUACCACGCUUUCGAGAAUGGUGAGAUAUCUGAAAGUCAUCCAAAAUGCAGGAGUACUUACUCUGUAACUGGAAGCACUGUCUCCGGUAUUAUUCCCAACCGUGUCAGCUGGUACUUUGGCCUUCGUGGGCCAAGUAUUCACGUCAAUACUGCCUGCUCUAGUAGCUUGUCGGCUGUCGAUAUGGCCUGCAAAGCUCUGAAGAGCGGUGAUGCUUCAUGUGCUGUCGCGACGGGCGCAAACCUUCUUCUUGACCCAAGCAUCUUUCAGGUUCUGGCUAACCAAGGAUUUCUCUCGCCUGAUGGCGUUUGCUACAGCUUUGAUGAGAGGGUUAACGGCUAUGCACGUGGCGAGGGAGUUAUUGCCGUUGUUCUCAAGCCUGUACAAGCUGCGAUUGAGAAUGGUGAUAUGAUUCGAGGCGUGAUCCGAUCGAUUGGCUCAAACCAGGAUGGCCACACGCCGAUUCUCACUCAGCCUAGCUCGCAAUCUCAGGAGGACCUCAUACGUCAUGUUUAUACGCAAGCUGGUUUGUCGAUGAGCGAAACUCGAUACGUUGAAGCUCAUGGCACUGGUACGCCUGUUGGCGAUCCAAUUAAGGUUAAAGCCAUCAGGCGGUGCUUCCAAAUGCACCGUUCUCCUUCGAAACCACUUUAUGUGUAUGUUGUCUCUUUAUCUGGUGACAAAACGCUGAUUAACGACCUGGGCAGCGGCCAAAUCCUGAAAUGA